AUGGUAUCUUGGGAAAACUACAUGCCUGCAAAGGUGAAGAAUCAUCUGGUAGCUGCUGUGAGUACCCUCGAUAUCAAACCAACCCCUUCGUCACAUGUUCGGCUUUAUCAAUCGUUUUGUUUGGACCGAUAUCUAACGGAAAUCUCCUAUGUCUUAAGACCGGUGAAUUUGUCGGUACGAAAUUCCCCUUAUGGAUACCAUGCUUGCAUGAUCGGACAUAUCGCUAAUCUUAUUGCGCAACUAGGAACCUUUUUAUUUCUUUUCAUGGCCUUUAGUGUUGUAUCGGUUACUGGUCACCGAGCUCUAUAUACUCAAGAAGGAGCCUCACCAGCUGGUGGAUCCGACCCCGCCUUGAUAGUAUAUAUCGCCCUUGGGUUUGCUGUCAGUUUGGGAGUUAAUGUUUGGAUCUUCUAUCGGGUCAGCGGUGGAAUGUUCAACCCUGCUGUUACACUUGCUCUGGUGUUGGGUAACGGCAUGCCCAUUCCAAGGGCCUUAUUUUGCUUUUUGGCACAGAUUUUGGGUGGCAUUGCGGCCGCUGGAGUAGCUGAAGGUCUUUUCCCGGGCCCGUUGAACGCUCAAACCACUGUUGAACACGGGAUGUCAAACGUCGAAGGCAUGUUCCUUGAGAUGUUUUUGACCGCUCAGCUCAUCAUAACCAUUUUCAUGCUAGCCGUUGAGAAAACCAAGGCUACAUUCCUCGCGCCGUUGGGUAUUGGCGCUGCUUUGUUUGUUGGGCAUCUUGUCGGAAUCUACUAUACCGGUGCAUCAUUGAACCCGGCCAGAUCUUUCGGACCCGCCGUUGCUGCUGGUCAAUUUUAUAGCGAUCAGUGGGUUUACUGGGCUGGUCCAUUUUUGGGCUCCUUCCUCGCGGCCGGCUUCUACAGACUCCUCAAGUUCUUGCAGUAUGAGGGUGCCAAUCCAGACCAGGAUGUCGAUCUUAGCUGCUCGGCUCAAGAGGACUCGAGCCGUAUCGCUUGCACCGCUCAGCGAAUGGGACUUGAGGGCAAGGAGAUUCCUCGUCCUACUUGGUCGAGGUCGAAAGAAUCGGAUGUCGAGAUGGGUUCCUCCAUCCCACCGAAAAGCCCACCAAUGCCAAUCGUUGCAAUGCACACCAACUCGACCGAUAAUUCAUCGAGCCAUGCAUAA